AUGGCAUAUCUCGUAAACUUUUUACAAAAGCAUGAGCUUGGAAGGCUUCCAAAGUGUGCAAGAUAUAGUGUUGCUGAGCGUUUGACUUUGGAAUCCUCAAGUCCUUUUCUUGCAGAAACACUAUAUUCUACACCGUCAACAUUCUUGUUGAAAAUAAAUGCGAACAAUACGAUUAUUGCUGCGGCGCAUGCAGAUCGUCAUGUUGCGCUGUAUUCAGCCUCUACAGGUGUAUUUUUGGCUUCGUGUGAUGACCAUGCUCAUUCACCUUGGACACUUGCGUUCCAUCCUGAAGAACCGUACACCCUCGCAAGUGGCUGCCUGGGUGGUGGUAUACGUCUGUGGGAUAUCAGUGGAGCUGUAGAAAACAAGUCCUGCAAGCCUGCUUCAAUGAGCUCUCCUCGAAUUACUCCGAUUCACGUCUGGAACCAAUCUGGUGCUAUCUCGUCUCUGAGUUUUCACCCGCGGCAUCCAAUUCUAGUCGCAGUGUGGGCCCAGGAAGUUGCGUUUCUUAAUUGGAAGACUGGGACAACACUGUCCACUUGGCGGUUCUCUUCGGAGCAAUCACGUGUCCGGUGGGUGCAAUUCAGUCCCGACGGAUCCCUGCUGUAUACUGCUACCGCGAACCCACGGCUCUCCGACGACAUAGCAGCGGUAACUCCACACUCUGUCAAUGUGACCGAUCCUGAGGACCCCGGUGUACCGCGUGGUGAGCUACUGCGCUACCUUCUAACACGUCCAGAUGCGUGGUUCCGUGUAAUGGGCAUUUGUUGGACAUGUGCAUAUCGAUUAUGUGUCUGGGCAGCUGGUCUGAUCGCGAAUCCUUCUUUUCCGCAUCGUCACCCGCCUUCUUCAAAAACUGUAAUGUCGACUCUGAUAGCGGUAGCCACACCACUCUGCAAUGACUAUUGGGUCGCGCGCGAAGUGCUCCAAACACACUCGAGGGAUCCCCACCCCUCUGCUGUCGCCGUGAUCGAAGACAUGCCGGCCAGAGAUUGGCUCUUCUCGUCUGGAGUCGAAGACUCCUACUGCAAAACCGAAGGACAUUCGCUCCUGUGUUGUCCUGGCCACACCCGCGAUCUUGUUGCUACAUAUCGAGAACUCCUGCAACACUCGAUGUGCAGGCCAUGUCUCCAGGUGUUUUGGCGGUGGGCAAAUGAAAGUGGUCGUGUUGACUGGUGGACCUGGUCUUACACCAAGGGGACCACUUCGCCACAAGAGGAAGUGGAAGACAAUGAAGUGAGUCUCGAUUCGCCAUCAUGCACUACUUGUUCAAGCGUCGACGAUUCCAUAGGAGUAUGCCAACGAUGCAAUGACCAGCUUCAUCCGAAGUCAGUUAAAGCAAACAAUGACCACGCUACAAAUCUGAGCGGAAAUCAGAACACAUCAAUCAGUGAAAACAAGGUAACAUCUCCGACCCAGCCAGCUUCAAAGGUUGCCAGACUUGAAAGUAAUGCUGCAACCACAGAGAUCUUAGGUCGCCUAACCGAAAUCCAAACCAGACAACAAAUGAGCUUACCCGUUGAGUCUUCCAGGGGCGCUGUAACGGAUACAGCAAGCCUUGGUCGAGGAAUUAAGCGGAAAUUCGACUACUCCUGUCCUCAAGACCUCAGACCGAAUUUCAGAACCAAUGAGCAGCCUUCACGUGAUUCAAGCACUCCCACAAACCGUGGAAUUGACGCGUCCUUCCUCACCUCUCUACUUCGUUCUGCCAACGAGGUACGCGCACCGUUUAGUGAACCAUUCAGCAGCCCAUCCGACUGGGUUCCAAAGGGCCCUGGAGCAGUUCAAUUUACUUACCACAUAACGGCUAUUGUUGCUAUCUCAUCUCCCUCUCCCCAUCACCCGACAGAUGUCGCUGCCUGUUGCAACUGCGGUGGUUUGGUCCGGAAAACCCGGCCAGUGGAUCUCAUCUCGAACGGUCGAUUUCGCACCAUGGGCUCCCGUCUGCUGUUCUUACCGGGCUUCUUCGAGGAUCCCCACUCGGAUGCGGUGUUUUUCACCGUCCUGCGGUCCGUUCACGAGAACAUCUCUGACAUCAUGGCCGGCAUGUUCGCCAACAUCGGCGAGCACAGCUCGGCGUCCUACAUUAGCGACACGACGUUCAGGAUCUGUCGAUGGGAGCUGAGGUUUGGUGGAUUUGAAGAGGGGCAGUCCACAGAGGAGCAGGAAAAUGAGGAGGGAGGCUUUUGUCUGCCGGCUAACCUCCCCAUCUCCUACCUCAAGAGCAACCUCGUGGCUCCUCGAGUGCGCGUCUUCAACGACUCCUCGGUCUGCCUUUCUCCCGAUGGUCGUCUUCUUGCUGCCUUCGUGGUUCCAGUUGGUGAUAACAAGUGCUCUGAAAAUGAGGUAGGGCACAUGUGUUGGCACUCCCUGAAACUGAUCAAGUCGCUGUAUCAUAACCGUAUUAUGGUAUUACUGGUGGCCAUCUCUGGCAGUGAGUUAAAUCCCACUCAUGAGACUUAUGCCUUGCGGAUUCGUUCGCGUCCCUACACACUGAAGGGUCCGUGUUUCGGCGCUACUGCAAAUACCACAUGGGUUCAGGGGAAGCGUUAUCUGGAAGGCAUCGUAGCCGUGUACCGCUUACAACCCGAAGAUCGUCGUGGUCAGUGUGUCUUCAUGCAAAAACUCCAUCGUUCUUCGAACCCCGUUUGUGUAGACUUUUCUCCCUCGGCUGAACACCUCGUCGUGGGACUGGCUUCCUGUCGACUUCCUAGUACUCCCAGCCCCAUCGACCACAUCCUCCGAGCUCUUUCUAACUCCGGCCCUCCACCAUGCGUCGCCCACAUCUUCAAAGUCGAUCGUCAGCACAAUCCGACAGAAGUUCAGCGUGGUUUGACACAUGUGAAGAACCUGCCAAAUCCGCGUUUGGAAGACAUGCCGGACGCUGAAUCGAUCGACCAGCAUCACCGUUCCGUCCUGUUGAUGGGCCUCGAGCCAAAUGGCACGGGGAUAUCGCUGAAUAGCAUCGUGUGGCACCCCCACGGCAUCACCUACGGCACCACGAAGGGUCUCAUUGUCAUGAUCCGGCCCGACCCCCGAUCUCUUCCUCCGCAGUUCUCCGAGUUGCCUUCCACCACUAGUACAACCAACCACUCCGCCAGCAUGGCCGAAACGGAGUCUGUUGGGCCCGUAGUCGAGGAAUCUCCCCUUGUGUGA